CGAGCUACAGAACGAGCGAGGGGAAUCAAGAUGGCGGACCUCGAGGACGUUACGCUGGACGGGAGGCCGCUCCAUUCGCUCCGGGUGGCGGAUUUGAAAGCGGCGCUGGAAGAGAGAGGGCUUCCGAAAAGCGGCCAGAAGAAUGCUCUCAUCAAGAGGCUCAAGGGGGCUCUCAUGUUGGAGAACCUUCAGAGAACCUCCACACCUCACAUUGGCCUGCAACCUAACUCCCGGAUUGGGGAGGAGAUGAGUCAGAACAGCUUUAUUAAACAGUACCUGGCCAAACAGCAAGAGCUUCUCAGGCAACGCUUGGAGAGAGAAGCACGAGAGGCUGCAGAAACUGAUGGAACAGAUCAGGAGGACCAUACAGAGGCGAAUGACAGCACAAUCUCUCCUGCCCCUAACCAGGAUGCUGAACCUUCCUUAGUUGACCAACACAAACAUCUCACUACAGCAAGUGAGGGUGAUGAGCUUAGAAAAGAGAAAGAGAUGCUAGGGCAGCCAUCCCACUCUGCACCUGCCCCGCCUGCCGGAAUAGCAUCUUUGUCAGUGAGGGUUGUUGGUGAAAGAGGGCCAACCUCAAGCCAUGUACCAGUCGAUAGUGAUGAUGACAGUGAUGGCGUGGACGACAAUGAUGACGAGGAUGAGGAGUGGAACAUGAAUGCACGGAGUUGCCAUGCAGAACUGCUAAAAAGCCAACCGGUGAGGGAAAGAUCUGGUGGCUCACAGCAACAGCAGCAGCCACCCCCCCAACACAUACCCUUACUAUCACAGCAGCUCAGACAGCCCACUCCUCCCCCAUCCCCUCCACCUGAACUCUCUUUCCCCCUCCCAGACACCCCUAAACAGAGCCCUCCAAGUCCGGGUGAGCCCCCAUCUAGGCAGCGCAUGUCUAGCUCUUCCAGCUCUGGUAGUUCGAGUAGUGACAGUCGUAGCAGUAGCCCUGAACCAGCUGGUGAUUCCACAGGACGCAAGCCAGGCCCUCUAACCUUACUGGCACGAAAAAUGGAGUCUGAAGGAGCAUUUUCUGGGACAGUCAAGCGUGAAAGGGAGGGAGUAGAUGGACAAGCAGGGAGAGGCCACCAAGAGGCAAGUGUUUCUGCAGUUACCCACACAGCUAAUGUAGCAACAGUUAUGACCUACCCUGGCUCUGUAAUCUCCAAACAGGGCAUUAAGGGUGCUUUUCCACACUGUCAGGCUCCUGUUAGUGUUGUCAGGACAGCAGUGAUGGAGGAGAGUGAUGCCACGAAGCAGGAGCAAGAAAAGAGGGAAAGACAAAGGGAGCAAGAGAGGCUGAAAGCCCUUGAAAAGGAGAGAAAGGAAAGAGAGAAGGCUUUGGAAGAACAAAAAGCACAAGUACAGGAAAGACGGGAAAGCGAAGAAGCUCUGGAGAGGGAGAGAGAAGAGAGAGAGAGGGCUUUGCAGCGAGAAAGGGAAGAAAGGGAGAAGGCUUUGGAACAAGAGAGACUGGAGAGAGAAAAAGCUUUGGAAAGGGAGAGAGAAUUAGAGCGAGAAAGACUGGAGAGAGAACAAGCUCUGGAACGAGAAAGGCAAGACAAGGAGAGAUUGGAGAGAGAGAGGCAAGAAAGAGAGCAAGCUUUGGAGAGGGAGAGAUUGGAGAAAGAGAGGCAGGAGAAAGAAAGACUAGAAAGAGAGCAAGCUUUAGAGAGAGAGAGACUGGAAAAAGAGAGGCUGGAGAAAGACAGACUAGAAAGAGAGCAAGCUUUAGAGAGAGAGAGACUGGAAAAAGAAAGAGAGCAAGCUUUAGAGAGAGAAAGACUGGAGAGAGAGAGGCAAGAGAAAGAAAGGCUAGAAAGAGAGCAAGCUUUAGAGAAAGAAAGACUGGAGAGAGAGAGGCAAGAGAAAGAAAGGCUAGAAAGAGAGCAAGCUUUAGAGAGGGAAAGGCAGGAGAAAGAAAGACUGGAGAGAGAGAGGCAAGAGAAAGAAAGGCUAGAAAGAGAGCAAGCUUUAGAGAGGGAAAGGCAGGAGAAAGAAAGACUGGAGAGAGAGAGGCAAGAGAAAGAAAGGCUAGAAAGAGAGCAAGCUUUAGAGAGGGAAAGGCAGGAGAAAGAAAGACUAGAAAGAGAGGAAGCUUUGGAGAAAGAAAGAUUGGAAAAAGAAAGGCAAGAAAGAGAGAAAGCUUUGGAGGAAGAAAGAUUGGAAAAAGAAAGGCAAGAAAGAGAGAAAGCUUUGGAGAAAGAAAAGCAAGAAAGAGAGCACGCUUUGGAGAGAGAAAGAUUGGAGAAAGAAAAGGAAAGAGAGCAAGCUUUGGAGAGAGAAAGAUUAGAGAAAGAAAAGAAGGAAAGAGAGCACGUAUUGGAGAGAGAAAGAUUGGAGAAAGAAAGGCAAGAAAGAGAGCAAGCUUUGGAGAGAGAAAGACUGGAGAAAGAAAGGCAGGAAAGAGAGCAAGCUUUGGAGAGAGAAAGAUUGGAGAAAGAAAGGCAAGAAAGAGAGCAAGCUUUAGAGAAGGAGAGACUGGAGAGGGAAGCUGCUUUGGAGCGAAAACGACAAGAAAUGGAGAAGGCCAAGGAACAAGAGAGGCUGGAAAGAGAAAAGGCUUUGGAAAAGGAAAGACAAGAAAGAGAAAUUGCUCUAAAACGUGAGAGACAGGAGAAGGAGAGGCAGGAGAGCGACAGACUUGAGAAGGAGAAAGCUUUAGAACAAGAGAGGUUGCAGAGAGAACAAGCUCAAGAGCAUGAGAGAGAAGCCCAAAAGAAAGCAGAAGAGGAGAAGAAACGAGUGUUGGAAAAAGAGAGAGAAGAGAAAGAGAAGGCUUUGAUAGAAGAGAAGCAGAGAGCCCUUGGGGAGAAGAAAAGACUUUUGGAACAACAAAGAGUGCAGGAGGAAAAAGAAAAGGCUUUGAAACAUGACAAAGAGGAGGAACGAGAGAAAGAAAGGGAGAGCCGUCUUCCUCCAUGGAAGCGUGGUCUCUCCCAUUCAAUUGCCCAUCCUCUCGAGAGUCCAUCAUCAGAGAAACCUAAUGAGAAUAAGGCAGAGGAAUCGCAAAGUGUCAGCAAAGAUGCUCGAUCUACAGAGCCUGUCCCACAAAAGCCACCAAUGCUAUUAUCCCCUCAAUCAUCCUCCAAGAAGUCCCGGUUCCUCAGAGAUACUCCUCUCCCAUCCUCUCCAACUUCUGUGCUGAAGAGACCUUGUAUCUUCUCAGACAGCCCCACUUCACAAGGCCCUUCCAUUACAUUAGCAUCUAAGCCUGGGAAACCAGUGAAAGAUGAUAUUGCUCAGGCCCCUCAAAAAUCACCACCGACUGUGAGGCAAGGAGUUCUUGUUUCAGCACCCCAAGAGCUAGAGAGCAAGACUCCAAAGUUGGCUGCCCAAGAUCAAGAGGAAGAGAAGACAGUGGUUUCAGAGUCUUGCAAAGUUCCAAAGUAUAAUGCGGCAAGCCAAGACACUAAAUGUCAGACGCUCAGAAGAGUUGAGGAUCAGGGUAAACCUCCUUCAUUCCCACCAAAGGAGAAGAAAAGAGAAAGGGAUAAGGAGGUAGAGAAGAGAGGAAGAAAAUCAUCAUCCUCCUCCAGUGAUUCCUCCUCCUCUGACUCGGACUCUGGGUCUUCAUCCUCCUCACGAUCCUCCAGUUCAUCAUCUUCCUCUCAGGAGAAAACCUGUUCCACUUCAGGUGGUAGGAGGUCUAAAGAAAUCCAGAAGGAUAACUCGUCUCAGCGCACUGAAAAAGUUGGCCAAACUGUGGUUGUGACUGGAAAAUCUGCUAUAUCCCAGCGCAAAAAACUAGGCUUCACGGAGCAGGAGGAAAAAGAAAUUAACAAUGAGGAUGCCAUCCAAACCAAGGAGCCCUGCCUUGAACUACAGGAUGGGAAGAAAGAAAAGAGAGGAAGAAAAGAAGAUAUUGAGGAAGAUGACACUAACAAAGACACUAUGAGUACUGAGGUGAAGGAAGCUGUCAUGGCCGAGCCUGAGAAGGUUCCAGAGAGCAGUGAGGAGAGCACCACGCCAAAGGUCUUCUCUGCCCGAAAAAUCUUGCUCGGCAGCAGCAAAUCAUCUCCCGGAGUGGUUGGUUUGGAGGGUGAAGCAGAGAAUGCAGGUGGUGCUGGUGCUGGCAGGAAGAGGAGAUGGGGCGCUAGUACAGCUGUCACUGCCAAGAAACCCUCCAUCAGUAUCACCACAGACUCUUUGAAGUCUUUAAUUCCAGACAUCAAGCCUAGCUUGGGCCAGGAGGCAGUGCUAGACCUGCACCCAGAAGAGAUGCAUCUCUCUGGGGAAGAGGGAGGAGGAGAGAGGGGUGACCAAGACCUGAAAAUCAGGCGGACAGUGACACAGGUUGUUCCUUCUGAUACGCAAGAGAAUGGACAGAAAGAAUCAAAAAGAAGUGAACCUGAGGAUGAGGCGGAAAGAAGUGAAGGGCGGGAUCGACUUGGCCAGGAGGAAAAAAUGGAAGGCUCCAUUCAGAUUUCCAUGGAGACAGAGCCAUCCUCCCCAGGGCAUGAUGUUGAUAUGAAGACAGUGACUCCUAGUGACACACUGAUCCGGCGUUCCAUCAGCCAGCAGAAGUCUGGAGUGAGUAUCACCAUUGAUGACCCUGUCCGCACAGCCAAGCAACCCUCUCCACCUCGCAGCAAGCUGUCUAACAUUAUCCAUGUCUGCAACCUAGUGAGACCAUUUACCCUGGGGCAGUUGAAGGAGCUACUGAACCGCACAGGGACUGUAGUAGAUGAAAGUUUCUGGAUCGACAAGAUUAAAUCUCAUUGCUACGUCACAUACUCCAGCGCAGAGGAGGCGAUGGCCACACGGACAGCUCUGCAUGGAGUUAAAUGGCCUCAGAGUAACCCUAAGUUCCUCAGUGUUGACUUCUGCACACAAGAGGAGUUGGACUUCCACAGGGGUCUGGGUCCAGCAGGAGAAAAGCCAGUAGAGGAGGUCCGUGGGGCAGCAGCCGCUGGACCUGGGCGUGCGGUCCCCCCGCCUCUUCUUCCAGAGCGUGAUCAGUGGGCAGAACGUGAAAGGGAAAUGGAAAGGAGGGAGAGAGCACGGGCAGAAAGGGAAUGGGACCGGGAUAAGGUGAGAGAUUUCAGUAAACCUGGAGAGGAACGGGAGGCUGGGGCCAGACGAUCACGUUCCCGAGAUCGUGAGAGGCGACGCAAGGACAGAGGGAAGAGCAAAGAGAGAAAGCCUGACAAGAAGGAAAAAGGACCUGAAGAGCCACCUGCUAAAUUGCUGGAUGACCUGUUCCGCAAAACUAAAGCGGCACCAUGCAUAUACUGGCUCCCCCUAACUGAGGAACAGGCUGCACAGAGAGUAGCAGCUCGUGCCGAGCGCAUGAGAGAACGUGAGAAAAGGAGGAAGGAGAUGGAGGAAGAGGAGGAUAAGAAACGUGAAGAGGAACGCAGGGAGCGAAUGAAGACCAGUGGUGGUGCCGGAGGAGAGAAUGAGAGGGAGCGAGACAGAGAACGAGACAGAGGUAGAGAGAGGGAACGAGAGGGAGGUAAACGAAAGGAGACUUAUCGCAGGCCUGUUGGAAACAGUGCAAGUGGGAGCAGGAGAUCGCACAGCCGCAGUGACCCUCCACCCAGAGACCGACGACGCUAAAGAGUUUGGAACUGUCCAGUUUGCGACUGUUCUUUUCUUGUAUGUGCUGUAACAGCUCUAUGCCUACCUUUCUGAGGAUGAACUCAGACUCUAUAAAAACACACAAACACUCAAUAUACAUUGGGACCACAGUGGUGCUGUGUCUCCAUGUAGACUCUUGUCUCGUUGUCUCUUGACUGGGCUUUAAGACUCCUGGUGUUCAUUUUCCCUUCUCAGUGUUAAUGGACUUCUGGUAGAAGUGAGCCGGACGGCAAGACGUUGUCUCCUUUGAAACUUCACCAGCUGAUGGUAGGCAGGGCUCCUUGUUCCUCUGAGAUCUGUUUCAGAGCCCUAUCCCAAAGCCUCUGCCUUCUGUCAUGUUUUUUUGAGGCAGGUUUGGUGAAGUCCUCUUUCUCCUUCAGUGUAGUGUUAACACAUGGAAGAGUGAAGCUGACUUCUAAAAAGAGAUGCUCUGAAGGCUUUGGUGUGGCUCUUGUCUAGAUCUUGACCUUAUCAUGAUUUUUCCCUUUUGUUGCCCUCACAUUCCUUUGUAUCCUUUUUUUGAUUCCAUAUUGUCUGCCUUUUACCACCCCUUUGCCGUUGCCAUGGAGAGUGGGAUGCAUAUUUAACCUUUUCACGUUGAUUUUAAUGUUGUUGUUUUUUUUUUUUUUAUUGUUUUAGCAUAAAAGCUGACAUGUUUUGUUGUUUUUUUAUUUUUACUCCUGUAAGUGCUGAAUGUACAAAUAAUAAAGUUACAUCUAAGAACUGAAAACAAGGGUUCUUUCUCAGUUCUUGUUGGA